GCCUCACUGUGUCCCUUCUGUCGCCAUAUUCUCCAUGCAGAUCUCCAGCAAGCAGCACGAAACUUCAACACCCCCUAAAAAAUCCGGGCUAUAGUAAGGGGAGCACCUUCCAGGAGCUGCAGGGCAAGAUGACUAACGUGUCCUAUCACAUCUCUAACCUCCUGGAGAAGAUGACAUCCACUGACAAAGAUUUUAGAUUUAUGGCCACCAAUGACCUGAUGAUGGAACUGCAGAAGGAUUCCAUAAAGCUGGAUGAAGACAGUGAGAAGAAAGUUGUGAAAAUGCUUUUAAAAUUGCUUGAGGACAAAAACGGGGAGGUGCAGAACUUGGCUGUCAAGUGGGUACACACUUCACAGUUAAUUGAACUAAAUAAACGGUUUUUUUUUUUUUUUUCCUUUUCGUCUUGCUUUCUAAAACUGCAGGUUCCAAACAUAAUCAAGGCCUUGCACAAGCAGCUCAAAGAGAAAAGCAUCAAAUCGAGGCAAGGGUGCUUCAGUCUCCUUACGGAACUGGCCAAUGUUCUUCCUGGCUGCCUGGCAGAUCACAUCUCUGCGUUAAUGCCUGGUAUUAUUUUCUCCUUGGCUGAUAAAUCCAGCUCCUCCAACAUGAGGAUUGAUACACUGUCUUUCCUUCAUGUUCUUCUCUGCAACCACCAGCCAGAAGUAUUUCAUCCCCAUAUUAAGGCACUGCUACCUCCAGUUGUGACCUGUAUUGGAGACCCCUUUUAUAAGAUCACAUCCGAAGCUUUGCUGGUCACUCAGCAGCUUGUGAAAGUUAUUCGGCCCUUGGACAAAUCUUGUGCAUUUGAUGCCAAGCCCUAUGUGAAAGACCUUUUUUCUGGUACUCUAAAGAGACUGAAAGCUGCUGAUAUCGAUCAGGAGGUGAAAGAACGGGCUAUCUCUUGCAUGGGACAGAUCGUCUGCAAUCUUGGAGACCAUUUAAGUGGUGAUCUCCCGCCAACCUUGAAGAUUUUUCUAGAAAGGCUCAAAAAUGAAAUAACCAGACUAACAACAGUCAAAGCAUUAACCUUAAUUGCUAGUUCUUCACUGAAGAUAGACUUAAGACCUAUACUAGGGGAAGGAUUCCCCAUUCUAGCUUCCUUCUUGAGAAAGAAUCAACGUGCCUUGAAACUGAGUACUCUGACAGCUCUGGACAUAUUAAUUAAGAACUACAGCGAUAGCCUCAAGCCUGCCAUGGUUGAGUCUGUGCUGACAGAGCUUCCUGCUUUAAUUAGUGAGAAUGAUUUGCAUGUUUCUCAGGUGGCUAUCGUGUUCCUUACUACCUUAGCUAAGGUUUAUCCAUCUGCCUUAUCCAAGAUAAGUGGUUCAGUUCUUUCUGAACUCUUUCAGCUUGUCCACUCCCCUUUGCUACAAGGAGGAGCACUGAAUGCCAUCAUAGACUUCUUUCAAGCUUUGGUUAUAACAAAGACAGCCAACAUGGGUUAUGCAGAGCUGAUGAAACAGCUAACAAGCCCCAUAUAUGCAAGUCCUGGUGGGGCGUCUGUGACUUUACAUAAACAAGCCUAUUAUUCUGUCGCAAAGUGUGUGGCAGCCCUUUCAUCAGCAUGUCCAAAAGAAGCCACCAGGGUAGCGAGCCAGUUUAUUCAAGAUGUGAAGAACCCCAAGUCCAGUGCUGCUGUUAAAAUGCUAGCCUUCCUUUCGCUGGCAGAGAUGGGUCGCACCAUGAACCUAAGUGCUCAGAAGGAGCUCAAAACCGUAAUACUGGAAGCAUUUGCUUCUCCCAGCGAAGAGGUGAAAUCAGCAGCUUCCUAUGCUCUGGGGAACAUCAGUGCUGGAAAUCUUAAGGAAUAUCUUCCCUUUAUGCUGAAGGAAAUUGGAAGCCAGCCCAAGAGACAAUACUUGCUACUCCAUUCUCUAAAAGAAGUCAUCAGCUCCUCCCCAGCAGAUGGCCUCAAACCUUAUGUGGAAGAUAUUUGGGCUCUGCUUUUCAACCAUUGCGAGUGCACAGAGGAGGGGACACGAAAUGUGGUUGCCGAAUGCUUGGGGAAACUGGCCCUAGUGAAUCCAUCCCAGCUGCUGCCCAGGCUGAAAAAGCAGCUGUCAUCAGGUUCCCCGCAUGCACGAAGUACUGUAGUAACUGCAAUCAAAUUCACAAUUUCAGAUCAGCCACAGCCUAUUGACUUACUUCUUAAAGGUUGCAUAGGUGACUUCUUAAAGACUCUUCAGGAUCCUGACUUGAAUGUUCGACGUGUUGCUUUAGCCAUGUUUAAUUCUGCUGCUCACAAUAAGCCUUCUUUAAUCCGAGACAUGCUAAACACUGUCCUACCCCACUUAUACAAUGAAACUAAGAUCAGAAGGGAAUUGAUACGGGAGGUAGAAAUGGGACCGUUCAAGCACACAGUGGAUGAUGGCCUUGAUGUGAGGAAAGCUGCCUUUGAAUGCAUGUACUCACUGUUGGAAAGCUGCCUUGACCGACUGGACAUCUAUGAAUACUUGAACCACGUGGAGGAUGGACUUAAGGAUCAUUAUGACAUUAGGAUGUUGACUUUCAUCAUGCUGGCUCGACUCUCCACACUGUGUCCUAAUGCAGUUCUACAAAGGCUAGAGCGAUUGAUUGAACCCCUGCAGGCAACCUGCUCUACUAAGGUAAAAGCUGGUUCAGUGAAACAGGAAUUUGAAAAGCAGGAUGAACUGAAACGGUCAGCAAUGAGGGCGGUAGCUGCUCUACUAACCAUCCCUGAAGUAGAGAAAAGUCCAGUGAUGGCUGAAUUUUCUUCUCAAAUCAGAGCCAAUCCUGAAAUGGCUUCACUCUAUGAAAGCAUUCAGAAGGAUUCAGCUUCAUUACCUACCACAGAAUCAAUGGACAUGAAUUAAAGUCCUCUCUAUCCUUCCCCCAUUACCCUCCUCCCCCCACAACACGUAAGUGAAAUAGAUGCUGCAUAGGCAGGUAGAAGACUGUCUCAAAGCUAGCCUCAGCUUAAAAAAAAGUUUGCUGUUUAAGAAAAUGACCGCUAGUUCAGCUAUGUGAGUCAGACUUCUGAUUAAAUAAGUUGGCAAUAAGACGAAGGUUAAAAGGGCUGUAUGCUGCAGAGGGAGUGAAAAACAAGUAUAUUAAAUUAUUCAGCAUGUUAUUAAAGGGCUUAAGUGAGGCCAUCUGAAUUUACUAUUACAAUUCAAUACUGAAAAAUAGAAACUGUCUCUUGGACGUUCCCACUUUUGUAGCAUUUCUUGCACUGCCAUUUUGAAUAAGGACAGUAGUUUAAAGGCAACUCAGUUUUCAUUUUUGCCAUUACACAUGCAUUUCUAUCCAAACUAACUUGUCUGCAGAAGGUCUUUCUAUCCUUUUCACUAGACUACACUAAAAUUAAGAGCAAAUGUCCUGAAACUCCGAACCAGUUAAGUGGCAGUACCCCAGCUGUUUUCAAAAUUAAGACGCCCCCCCCCCCCUAAGAUAUUAGCUAAUGUUUAGUAUAAACUGCACUUGAGCAGAAUUUCUUUCAAGCUCUACUGGUUUUCAGUGUAGCUAAAUUCACAAUUUUAUUGAUAUUCUAGUAAUUUUUAUAACAGCAAAAGGCAAAGCUCACUUGAUUUUUCAUUCUCAAGAAGUUUGACUGUACAAAGUAACUAAAAUCAAGUGUCUUCCAAAAUAGAAUGGCAUCUGUUUUAAAUUAUGAUUUUAAUCUUUCCCAAAAAGUAUUUCUUUAAUCUUUUUAUAUAUGCAGCAGUCUUUUCCUGUAUUAAGUUGCCAGCAGUGUUCCACUGGGUAACUAUAGACUCUUGGUUGUGACUGUCAGACACCAAAGCAUUGAUGUAUUCCAAACUGUAGUCAUUAGAACUAAAGAAAUACAGCUGUAGAAGAGACCUGCCUUCAGUAUUCGGAUAUCAAAUAUCUAGUAAAAUAGUAUAAGGCAACUACUAAGUUGCAUGAAUGUAAAUUAGCUCUUUUGCACACCAUGCAAGAACUUGUCAAUAGUUGUCUUGCUCAAAUCCUGCCCUCCACAGGGAAAAUUCUGUGACAAGAAUGACAGAUGGAAUAAUGGUAAACCAGAGAAUGAAGCCAUAACACUUAUUACAAAUCCAUGUCUGUAAGCUUUCAUUUCAGGUUGUUUCCUGUUUUUGACUGAGUGGUUAGUGUGAAACAUUUUAACGGUCCUAUUUAUAGUGCAAAGUGUGAGACCUUUCCAUUUGGUAUGAGUGGCAUCUUAGGAAAAUAAAGAUGUAUUUUUGAAGCUGUAUCUGCUCCAAUAUUUAAUAGAAGUAAAACACAUUUGGUUAACCACA